CCCCCUCCUUCCCUCCCCAUUGCGAGAGAGCGAGCGAGCAUGCCAUAGCCUAACGGUGGAAAGUAUGAGAAGAGAAAAAGAACGUCUUCUUCAUCUCAUCAGCACAGAAAUCCUGGCUACCCACCCACAGCUGACGGUAACAAAGUAGCCUACGCAUCUGCAGUUGUGUUGAUCUUUCUGAGGGGUAGGUGGGUGUCGACCUUCGCAGUUUGACAGGAAACGGGGACAACUUUCGUUUUGUUUUCAAAACGCCAGAUUGUCGAGAUGUAGACUCCCGAUAACAGACGAUAUCAGUAAACUUUUUAUUCUCCGAAAUUUGGACAGGGUCCAAGGGAUAAGGGAACAGACGAAAAACUCAUACAGACGGUAAGCUAUCGUUUCCUUCCCUAUUCUGCGCUGGGUUCUGUUUGAGAGGAUUAAGCUUCGCUCUGGUGCUGUGCGCUGUCAGAGCAACUGGACAUGAUGAAGGAGAGCAGAGAUAACGACAAUGUCCGCCGAGGGCUGCGCUGUUCGCACUAGGCUAGAUUUCACCGGACGAGGAUGUCUCAGUAGGGACAUCUGUAUUGGCGGGCAUGGCCGAUCACAGUGAGGAACAAAACAAACGAUUGUCCGCUCAUAUGAACGGAUUCAAAGCGAUGGUGCCGAACAACAAGGAGACACAUACGGGGGUUUCGAACGGGGGCUGUGAGGUGACCAAAGGGCAGCGGCAUGCAGAAGAUCAGAGUCCCGAGGUCGAACCGGCUCGAGUCACGGAAUUGAAGGAGGACGACGCAGGUAUUCCACGGAGAAGCAGCAUCAUUAAGGAUGGCUCGCGGCGUGGGCGCGACCGUAAGAAGACGGUGUCGUUCGGCGGGAUGCCGGGCUCCCGCAAGAUCAGCUCGGUGUCCGGCUGCCUGAGCCGCAUGCAGGAGGGCAGUGAGCUGCGCAAGCUGCGGCCCGGCCUGCGCCUCUACAGCCGCUACUACCUCCUGGAGGCCGACCAGCGCAGCGUCCGCUGGGAGCCGUCCAAGAAGGACCCCGGGAAGGCGCGGCUGCCGCUGGCCGAGGUGCGCGAGGUCCGAACCGGCCGCAACUCGGACGUCUUCCGGGCCAGCGGAGUGGCCGAGCUGGUGGCGGAGGACUGCGCCUUCUCGCUGGUCUACGGCGACGAUUACGACACGCUGGACUUGGUGGCCAGCUCGCCCGAGGUGGCCAACAUCUGGGUGACGGGCCUGCGCUACCUCAUCUCCCAGGGGAGCCACGGCGCCGGCGCGCACACACACCCCGCGCACACACACACGCACGCGCACACACACGCGCAGGCGGCGGAGGCUGGAGGCGGAGGAGGCGGAGGAGGCGAGGAGGGCCGCGAUGACCUGCAGCUCUCGUGGCUGUCCAGGGAGUUCUCGGAGGUGGCGGUGGUCAGCGGGGGGAGGAAGGACGACGAUGGCGCCGGCGACUGGCUGAGCGUGAGCGAGGCCACCGACCUCAUCGAGAAGCUGAGCCCCGGCGUGCGGAGCAGCCACAUCCGGACGCGUCUGCGCGAGCUCCUCCGCGGGGACACAGACUCUCCGGGGACGCCCCCGCACACCCCCCCCCACACCCCGCCCCCGCACGCGUCCUCGCACGUCUCGCUGCAGCACUUCACGCAGGCCUUCCACGACGUCAGCACGCGGCCCGAGAUCUACUUCCUGCUCGUCCAGCACUCGGCCGGCAAGGACUUCCUGGACGCGCGCGACGUGGCGCGCUUCCUGGAGACGGAGCAGGGCGUGGCGCGGGCGGGCGAGGACUCGGCGCGGGCGCUCGUGGAGCGCUACGAGCCGUCCGCCUUGGGCCGGCGCCUGGGCCGCCUCUCGCUGAGCGGCCUCACGCGCUUCCUGGACUCGCGCGAGUGCGGCGUGCUGGACCCGCUCCACGAGGCCGUGUGCGAGGACAUGACGCGGCCGCUCGCCCACUACUACAUCAGCUCCUCGCACAACACGCACGUCACCGAGGCCCAGGUGCCCGCCGUCAGCGCCAUCGGCGGGUACGAGCGGGCGCUGAGGCUCGGCUGCCGCUGCCUGGAGCUGGACGUCUGGGAGGGUCCGCACGGCCGGCCGGCGGUCAGCAAGGGCCACACGCACUCGGCCAUACACACCAACGCCCCGCCGCUGGCGUUCCGCGAGGUGGUGCAGACGGUGGGCAAGAUGGCGUUCCUGACGUCGGAGUACCCGCUCAUCCUGUGUCUGGAGAACCACUGCUCCGUGGCGCAGCAGAGGAUCAUGGUGCGCGACCUGCAGGAGGCCUUCGGCGAACGGCUGCACCGAGGGUUGCUCAGCAACGAGGACGGGUGCCUCCCGUCGCCGCACGACCUCAGGGGCAAGGUCCUGUUGCUAGGCAACAGGCCUCUCCCAGAGCCGCAGCACGGCGAGGCGGAAGAGAUUACCCAGAAGGCCUCGGGGACCGGGGGGACAUCAUCAUCAUCAUCAUCGUCGUCGUCUUCGUCUUCGCGGCGCGUCCCUCUCUGUCCGGAACUCUCGGCGCUGAUCGCGCUCUGCCACGCCGACCCUCCGGCCAACAACGAGUUCCCGUCGCCCUCCUCCUCCUCCGCCCCGUGCUGCGUGGUCACCUGCUUCCGCGAGGCGCUGGCCAGCCGGCACGCGGCCGAGCGCGGCGCGGAGCUGGUGGAGCUGGCCAAGCGGCGGCUGCUGCGCGUGCGUCCCAGCCUGAUGCGCGUGGACUCCAGCAACCCCGACCCGCUGGGCUUCUGGAAGGCCGGCCUGCAGAUGGUGGCGCUCAACGUCCAGACGGAGGGCACCAUGCUCAGCCUCCACCGCGGGUGGUUCCGGCGAAACGGCGCCUGCGGCUACACCCUGCGCCCCGCCAUCAUGCGCCAGCAGGUGGCGUACUUCAGCGCCAACGAGCGCGGGGCCCUGCCGGGCGUGCCGCCUCAGACGCUGCACCUGAGGGUCAUCAGCGGCCGCUGCCUGCCCAAGCCGCGGGGGGGAGGGGCCAAGGGGGACGUGCUGGACCCCUACGUCACCGUGGCCAUCCACGGAAUCGCCGCCGACUGCGCCGAGAGACGCACCAACACCGUGCCGCAGAACGGAGAGAGUCCCGUCUUUGACCAGAGCUUCCAGUUUCAGGUGAACCUACCUGAGUUGGCUCUGCUGCGCUUCGUGGUGCUGGACGACUUCUCCAUCGGCGACGACUUCAUCGGCCAGUACACCCUCCCGCUGGACUGCGUCCAGUCGGGCUUCCGGCACGUUCCGCUGCUGUCGGCCGAGGGCGAGGAGCUGGUGCACGCGCGGCUGCUGGUGCACGUGGCCAUGACGGAGCGGCGCGGCGGGGGCAAGGCCCACAAGAGAGGCCUGUCCGUCAGGAAGGGCUGGCGCGGCCGCCACUACACGCUGCUGCAGGAGCUGGGCCUCAGGGCCCUGGACGACGUCUUCAAGAACGCCGGCCAGCCGCUCAGAGACGCCACCGACCUGCGGGAGAACAUGCAGGAAUCUUUGGAGGCCUUUAAGGAGAUGUGUGGUGUGUCUGUGCUGGCUAACAUCACUCAGUGUGUGUUGACCCUGGGGUCAAGGGUCGCAGGGUCAGAGGAAGCGCCCUUGCUGCUGUUUGACCUCAGCCAGCCGUACCCCACCAUGCACCAACAGGGGGUGCUACCAGACGCCUUGCGGAAGAUCGCCUCUGUUUACCACACGAUGAUGCAGGCAAGUAAAGCAGUCAUGGAGGAAUCAGAAGGAGUCCACAGCAAGAUCCUUCAGACACACCACCGAGCCAUGGAGUUCCAUGAGCAUCUUCAGACGUUAGCUGGGAAGGAGGGGAUGAAGGGCCGGAAGCUCAACAGAGCAGUGGAGAGUUUUACCUGGAACAUCACCAUACUGAAGGGCCAGGCUGACUUGCUGAAGCAUGAGAAGGCUGAGGUUCAGGAGCUUCUGAAGCAGCUCAACUGCGCAGCCCAAACAGCUAACCUGAGCCUCAGCCCAAACACGGUCAGAGAAGGAAGAACCAAUCAUGACUCCUCUGACGGAGGGUUGGAUGUGUGGUAGCCAAUCAGAACACAGCAUUAGCACUAGAAGCUAGUGCAGGCAUUAGCCCAAGACAGGGGGUCAGGAUUUGACUGAUUAGCUUCGCCGAUUAGCAAGGCACUUCCUCGUCGCCAUUUUCCAGAAAUACAUCAUGUCCGGUGCCAUUUCUCCCGAUUUCUCCUCAUGCUGAUUGGUGACUGUUCCACUCUCAGCUCAUGCACGAGCUUAGUGUGGGCACAAGCUCUCCUUCUGUACCUUACGUCAGUCAGUAACCUGGCACUUAAUUGGCUAAGUAAAACGGCACCGGAAACAAGCCCCUUGAAACGCCAUGUUGAAGCCUGAAAAAAUCGUUCAAUUUUGGCACUUUUCACUAGCCUAGCAUUCCCAUUGAAAUGAAUGGGGGUGGGACUUUCUCCAGUUCUUAUAAUACCUCCAUGGCCCAAGAACAGAGUGACCAGAUAGUCAAUUUUUCAGCAUCUUGGACAGAGGCACAUCAUGCUGAAAUCACAGAGACUAUACCAAAUUCUCCUAUUGUAACAUAUUAUGCAUUUUUAAGUAAGUCAUUAUGUUAUUUGGCAAGUGUAAGGAUGUUAAUGUCACAAACAGGAAAUACAGUGCCCUCCAAAAGUAUUGGAACACAUGCUUAAAGUCAAAUAUAAAAUCAUCUUUUGGAAAUUGAUCUUAAUGCCUUAAAUGAAACAACGAAGAAAUAGUCAACCUUGGCCUUUGGAAUUAAAAUAACCCCACAUCAA